CCACUCUGCUGACCUCUGGCAAAAAGGGAGCGAAUGAGGACCGGAGAGGCAGAUGGGGAGAGGUUCAAGUGCGGGUUUUCUCCUUGAACCUGGACUAUUAUGGGUCAGGAGCUGUGUGCAAAGAGGCUACAGCCAGGAUGCAGUUGCUACCGUUCCGAGGCAGGGGAGGCGCACAGCUGGCAGAGAAGCCAGCCUGGGAACGCCGAGGCUGCUGCGUUGGAGCUCACGGAACUAAAAGGAGCAUCGUGUUCAAUGUCUUCAUUUCACCCCAGGGGACUCCAGGCUGGCGGUGGCCAGAAGUUGGAGAGUAAAAGGCCACGGAGUAACAGUGAUUCUUUUCAGGAAGAGAAUCUGAGGCAGGGGUUGCCAUGGCAGAAGAAAAGCCCCCCUUUUGGAGCAGCCUCAUCUUAUUUGAACUUGGAGAAGCUGGGUGAAGGUUCUUAUGCCAAAGUUUACAAGGGGAUUAGCAGGAUAAACGGACAACUAGUAGCUCUGAAGGUCAUCAGCAUGAAUGCAGAGGAGGGUGUCCCUUUCACAGCCAUCCGGGAAGCCUCUCUGCUGAAGGGUUUGAAGCACGCCAAUAUUGUCCUUCUGCAUGACAUUGUUCACACCAAAGAGACUCUGACGUUCGUGUUUGAAUACAUGCACACAGACCUGGCGCAAUACAUGUCUCGGCAUCCUGGAGGGCUUCAUCCGCACAACGUCAGGCUUCUGCGGGGCCUGGCGUACAUCCACCACCAGCACGUUCUUCACAGGGACCUGAAACCUCAGAACCUGCUCAUCAGUCACCUGGGAGAGCUCAAAUUGGCUGAUUUUGGCCUUGCUCGAGCCAAGUCCAUCCCCAGCCAGACAUACUCCUCAGAAGUGGUGACACUCUGGUACCGGCCACCUGACGCUUUGCUGGGAGCCACUGAGUACUCCUCUGAGCUAGACAUAUGGGGUGCAGGCUGCAUCUUUAUUGAAAUGUUCCAGGGUCAACCUUUGUUUCCUGGGGUUUCCAACAUCCUGGAACAGCUGGAGAAGAUCUGGGAGAUACUGGGAGUCCCUACGGAGGAUACCUGGCCUGGAGUCUCCAAGCUGCCUAACUACAAUCCAGGUAAUAUUGAGCUAAGAGUCGAAACGUUCUGA